AUGAAUUUGAUGGAUAUAUUAUCGGCUGAUCCCCCAUCAUCAAUAUAUGGUAGUAUGGAAGAUUUGGGACAAAACGGUGGCAGUGGCCAAGGUCUUAACACACUAGCCGACACAGUUAUACAAGACCAGUUUCAUAAUAGUCUGCAAGAAGCUGAAGAUCAAACAGUAGCAGCAGCAGCAGCUGCUGCUGUAGCAGUGGGAGGAGAUGAUCAACAAUUAAAUUUUCUGCAACAACAACUACAGCAACAUCAAGCCCAUAACCCGACAAGACACAACUCCUCGGGUGUUUACCAUAUUCCCACUCAACUUAGCAAGCUACAGAUUGCAUUAACAAAAAUCCUCUUGCAUUUGAUUAGCGAGCCACUAAUCAAUCAAUCUAUAUCGAAGGAAAAGAAAAAAAACACCAUUGAUAGCUUGCUUGAAGUAUCAACCAUGCAAUCUACACUUUCUUUAUCACCCGAUAAUGGGCACCAAAAUGCUAAUGACGGUGGCAGUAGAGACCUUUAUAAACUUUUUGCAUUUUGCUUUGAGAAACUCUGCGUGAUAAACAACCAUCCUUCAUUGUUGGUUGACCAUUUCAUGCCAAGGAAGUUGUUACUCUCGGAACCCAAUGAGCUGCAAAUCAGCAUGUCUGGUAAACUCGAGCUCUUCAACAAGAUCGUGGACGGUAUUAUCGAUGCACACAGACACAGAAGUAGAAACGAUAGGGACCAGGAGAAAGAAGAAGAGAAAAAGAAAGAGAAAGAACAAAGAAAAAAUAAAGAAAAAACGCAAGGUAAGCAAAAACAAUUGGUUUCCAUAUUGGUAGUGGCAAAGAGUAAUAAAGAAUUGGAGUUGAUUGAAGGAAUGAUCAUUGGCAAGGAUUUGCAGUAUCAUAAUUCGAGUAACAUGAGAUUGUAUGAUGAUAAGCGAAAAAGACCUUUUUUGCGGAAAAAAGAUGACAAAGAAAGAGGCAGAGCAGGUGGUGCCGACGAACACGAAAACAACGACGACAGCGACAACGAUGGUGAUGAUAAUGAUAAUGAUGAUAAUGAUCAACACCAUGAUAAAGGUGUCCAUGCGUCACUUUUUAUUAACUUGAUUCAAACUCGCCAGCUUUACAAUAACUAUAUGAAUCUGUCCACAUCUUCUAUCGGCAAUUACAAAUUUAUCUUUUCAUUUGAUUUCGAUAUCGACCCGUCAAAUCCAAGUAUUGAGAUGCUUCGACUGAGCCACAAUUGCCCUAUAUACGUUCCUGUCCCCAUCUUUUCGAUUGAGCAUCUCAAAUUGUGUAUUCCAGAGCCCCGGCACUCUAAUUUUGACGACGGAGGGGAUGAAUUACACAGGUGGCGGCUUAAGGUUUUGAACACUAUGGUGGUGAAUAUGUACAAUUUGGAAAGUGGCAAGUAUAGUUUUAGAGAAACAUUUUAUCGAGAUAUUUAUGGCAUCAAGAUGAGCAAGUAUGUUGCGGAAGUUGCUAGAAAUCCGAUUGAAUUUAGCAAUCGACUAGGUCAAUUUGACGAAGAAUUAACCCUUAAUUUUUCUUUGGAAAAGUUGAAGAGAAAAUUGGAGUCCAUGUAUAAUAUCAAGGUCAAUGGGGUGUAUUACGAUAAUGGUAGAGUAUUAACGGUGGAGAAUAUUAAAAGUCAACUUGUUGAAGCAAUACAAUUGGAGUAUCUUCGAAUUCGCGAUGAGUUGGAUAGGAUUGAGCAUAAGGAGGUUCCAUUGAAAAGACUGCUUGAAACAGCGAGACAAGUCCAUUUUGAUGAAGAUGAAGAUUCGAUACAAGCAAGUUACAAAAAAUUGCGCAAGUUAAAUGAGCAAGCUUCGAUAUUGGACAAGAGACUAGCUCGAUUUGAAAAUGAUAUCGAUAAGAAUCAAGAGAAAUUAUAUGAAUUGGAAUGUAAAGAGGAUGAAUUGAUACGCAAUACAAGUGGUGAAGAUAGCAAGGAGGGUUUUGAGCAGGUGCUUUUGAACCAGAGGGAGCUUCUUUCAAGACUUGAGAAAGAGCUUGGUGAUUUGCAAACUGAAAUGAAGAAAGUUAGUGAUGAUGCUGAUGAUGCUAGACAGGAUUAUCAACAAAACUCAUCGCAAGCUGUCUUGGAACUUAAGAAACUAGAAAAAAUCAAGGAGCAAAGAAACAAGCUUUAUAAGAAAAUAAAUGGACCAGGAAUGGCACAACUACCUGAUUUGAUUCGCCGGGAUACAUUGAUUAAUUAUGAACAAAGGUUGACUAGACUUGUGGCGCAAAACAAAUUUCUUAAUUCGUUUUAUGAUGGAAAAAUCGAUAGGAUAUAUGUUGAGAGACAGCAUAUUCUUGAGAAUAACGGUGGACCAAGUGGGUCUAGUAGUCGACCCAGCAAUAGAAUAAGUAGAGACUCCACUCCAUUUUAG